ACUUAUAUGCUCAAAAAGUAUUAACCACCAUAUCUUUUAACCAAACCUACCGGUGGAACAUUAAUAUUGUGUAGUUAAGAAAUGUAUUUUCAUCUAAAUCUUCUACAAGACUUGAAAAAAACAAGUCCCAUCUCAUAAUCUUUAACCAAAAUACUAAGCUCGCGAACUCAAUAAUGGUUACUUAAAUGUAUUUGCAACGAUUGGAGGGGAUAUUUUGGUGUUUCUUGUUUACUAAUGUAUAUAGGUACAUGUUUGAAUGUACAGGUUACCAUGGCAUGCUCUUCAAUGAAUAUACCUUCUUCCCACAUUGCCACAGCAAGGAGAGGCAUCCUUGGGGAGAAUGUGAUUCUUCGACGAUCAUCCUCCGGUGAAGAGUUGUAUAAACAAGCACCUAUGAGAAGAUCAUACUCGGAUAACAACCUUGUGGCCUCCUCGACUCGACUUCGAGCUGCCUCUUCUUCACCUCGGUCAAGUAAGCUAAGGCCAAAUCGCUCCUUUGGGAUUUUCUCUAACCCAUUUGCAGCUCCCUGUACUUGUGCAACACCUGUAAAGUCACUAUUGUUUGAUACUGAAUAUGAGAAUGAGACUGAUACAGAGAGCGUAGAUGGCAGCAUGGAUGAUGGAGAAAUGGAAGAGGAAGUGGAUAGAGAGAAACGAGUGAAAAGAGCGAAUUGGGUGGAGCGGCUCUUGGAGCUGAGAACGCGAUGGAAGGGAAGAAAAGAAAAGGAAGUUGAUUGUAGAGAGGGAGAUAAGGAAGAAAAUUGUGAUAGUGAGGAUGGUUGUCUAGUGGAAUAUGGAGAUAUAGAAGAUGAAGUAAGAAUUGAUUCUGAAUCAUUCUCAAAGAUGCUGGUUCAUGUACCUUGGACAGAUGCAAAUAAGUUCUCUAAACUGGCUUACCUCUGUAACAAAGCCUAUUCAAUUCCUCAAAUUAAGGCUCAUGACUUACAGCGGUAUUAUGGUCUACAAUUUGUAACAUCUUCCUUGGAGAAGAAAGCGAAGGCUAUUGAAUUGAAUGCCAAAUUAGCCAGGGACUCAACUCACCUGAAAGAAGAAGACUUAGAAAAUCUGCAACAAACAAAUCGAGAACAUAUAGUUAGCUCUUCUGUUGCCUAUGAAAUUGCCGCUUCUGCAGCUUGUCAUGUUCAAAAUCAAGCUAAAACUGAUCAAUAUCAUUCCAGCACAUCAUGUAGAGAUGCCGUUUAUUCAGGCAAUAUAGAAGUAUGUCCGGUACCUAGAGGUUGUAACUCAGAGAUGGCUGCACAAAUGGCUGCAACAACGAUGACAGCAGUAGUGGCUGGGAAAGAGAGAGAAAAGCAAGCGGCUGCCAAGGAACUUCAGUCACUACAUUCAUCACCUUGUGAGUGGUUCAUUUGUGAUGAUCCAAGAACUCAUGUGCGCUUCUUUGUAAUCCAGGGAUCUGAAUCACUGGCUUCUUGGCAAGCAAACUUGUUCUUUGAGCCUGCCAAAUUCGAGGAUACAGAUGCAGCAGUUCAUCGAGGAAUCUACGAAGCAGCAAAAGGAAUAUACGAGCAAUUCAUGCCCGAAAUCCAAAAUCACUUAGAUACCUAUGGAGAAGAAGCAAAGUUUCAAUUUACAGGUCACUCACUAGGUGGAAGUCUAUCACUAUUAGUCCAUAUGAUGCUCAUGGCAAGAAAGGCUGUCAAGCCAUCAGCCAUAUUGCCAGUGGUUACUUUUGGAUCCCCGUUCGUGUUUUGUGGAGGGGAAAAAAUCUUGAAGCAAUUAAAACUGGAUGAAAGCAUGGUGCAAAAUGUCAUUAUGCAUAGGGAUAUUGUUCCUAGAUCAUUCUCAUGCAAUUAUCCUCGACAAGUCGAACAGGUCCUGAAGCGUUUAAACAGCUCGUUCAGAUUACACCCAUGUCUAAAUAAACAUAAAAUGUUGUACUUUCCUAUGGGACAAGUAUAUAUUCUUCAACCAGCUGAAAAAUUUUCGCCAUCACAUCCCUUGCUUCCACAAGGUUGUGCCCUCUAUACAUUCGGCAACACUCAACCAGCCUCGGUAGCAAUAGCAUUGAGGGAAUUUCUGAAUACUCCACAUCCUCUGGAAACUCUAAGUGAUCCUAAAGCUUAUGGUUCGGACGGAACUAUCCUCAGAGAUCAUGACUCAAACAACUAUACAAAGGCAGUUAAUGGGGUUAUAAAGCAAUACACGAAGAUAGCCUUCCGAAAAGUCAAGAGAGAGAGACAUGUGAUAUGGCCAUUGAUAGCUUCUCCAACCCAAUAUUCAUGGACACAUGAAGGUAUAUUGGAGAACACAUCAACAAGAAAAGAGGUGAUGACUAGUGUGUGAUCUAUGUUACUCAAAAUUUACCAUAUGUAGAAUGGGGUUCGGGUGAUCGUCGAACCAACUUCAAAUAAACACUAAGAUUAGAAAAAAGAAAGAAAGCAAUUAGAGAAGAAGACCGAGGAAGGGAGAAGAGAAGAAAACAGAGGGAGAGAUAUAGGAUGCAUGUAUAUAUAGAUUUGGAGCUAAGACUUUCUUGUACAUAACAUGUACAUCUAUCCCUCAAAAUCAACUAAGAAAUUAAGCUAGUAAAAUUCUAACAACUAAUAUAUACUACUAUGUGGGUGUUGAAAGUGUUGGUAUUAGACCAAAGAUGCCCAAAACUAUAUCAUUUCUGACAACAAUUGUUUGAAAAGAGUUCGGCCUUUCGGGUACCUAGAGAACAUGUUCUAUGGAGAGCAAGAGAGGGUAACAUUGUGAUUGCACGUUGAAGUUUUCUCCACCACCUUCGUCUCUCUUGUUCUCUAUGAAACAUUUUUAUUUUUUUAUCGCGCAGGGCUCCUACCUAGAGGCCUAUUACAAGCCACACACUCUCAAUUUGCUUGGGGUAAGAAUUGAACUUGUUAGAAAAGAUGGAAAAGUUCACCACUUGAGCCAACCCCAAUUCCUAAAUUCUCUAUAAAACAUGUUUUUUAGAUAGUCUAUGUAUAUUAAAAAGGUACAUAAAAUCCCUGAACUGUAUUCUUUUGGCGAAUCGUCCCAAGCUCAACAUCCCGC